AUUAUAGAGUUCCUCAAGCGUUGCACCAUUUGGGAGCUAUAAAAUAUUCCGAUAAUUUGAUGAAGACGUUGGAGCGAUGCGAGUUGUUAGAAUAUGGGUCUAGAUUAGAAAUUGAGAUUCGGGGGUGCAGCAUUUGGGCUGUGGAACUUUUGAAAAGAGAGAUUAUGCGGAUGGCUGAGCAAGAAAAUGGGCAAGAUUUUAUACCGGUAGUGAAUGCAAUCAUUUUAGAUUUUUUUAUUUGGGAUUUUGCGAAGGAACAUAUUAAUGAAUUGGAAGUUGAAUUUCAUCGAACAC